GCCCCUCGGGCGCUUCCCGGGCUGUGCGAGGGCCGUGGGAGCACCGGGUGCGGCUGAAGGCAAACCUCUGCGCGGCUUUUAUAUAUGAUAUAAGCGGCUUUUCUAUCAUAUAUAACCUAUCUAUGAUUGCAUAUAUAUAAAUAUAUAUAUAUAUAAAGGUAGUUCUGCGGACCUCACGAUGAGACACCGGCCAAUUCCUGCGUGCAAAGGGAAUGUUCUACGUGCAGGUGUGCGGCGCUGCUGUGCCCGCAGCGAGGCUUCGGUCAGAUCCGCGCACAGUGCAAAGACUGAGACUGAAAGAAGAGGCUGCCCCGCUGUCCCCAGGGUUGUGCUCCAAGAGCAGAGCACCUGCUGGCCCUGCCCCAGUGCACUGGACCCCAAAGAGGAGUGCUGCCCAGUUUCUGCAGGUUUAGGAAAAGCAAUAGCAAUCGAAGUGGAGUGGAAUGUCACAGGAAGGGCUGAAGGACCCAUACAUCUCGAGGACAAUGAUGGCUUUUGGGAUACCAGCAAAGCUAAGAGAUCAGUGCUUGCCCAGCCAACAGUUGUUUUUGGAAAGAAAGAGCGUCCUUUGACGCGGCCUGCAGAAGACCCAAUUUGCAAAGCUGAAAAUGAUUUCAUUAGUUGUUCCGGGAAGUGUGCAAGAUCAUCAUCUUUUACUUUCCAGAAGUCUGACUCUGGGUCUAACACAGAUACAACUCUUGUUCAGAAAAGAGGGAGAUCAUCUUCCUUUACCGUCCUCCCUACCUUCCCUCCUUCCCACUCAGGAUGUGGUACAUGGUUGCCGUCACUUUCUGGCUCCUGUUUGGUAUCUUUUUUUAAAACAGAGAAAGCAUCGGUAGUGCGCUGCCAUCACUCUUUAGCGAAGAAUAACAUAUUCAUGACCUCAGCACUUCUUCAGAGAAACAUUGACUUGAUCAAAAGUACAAAAGAAGGAUCUUUGUCACAAAGUCAGUUGCGGAAUGUCCUUAGACCUGCCAUUUUACAACCCCCACAAGCCCUGACCUGUCCUGAAAAUCCUGUACUAUCUCUUGUGACUAAGAAAGAAGCAUGUGUUCAGCCACCUGAAGACAGCUCUUACUCCUCAGCUGAGAAUUCAGUAAGUUCCAAAACAGCAGUGAGGUUAUCUACUACCACGAAUCUUUCUAGCUGUAAAACAAUACAAAGUCAGUUGUUUGAAGACAGAAGUCUACAAAACAGCAGGAAUUCUGACUUUGUGUUUGGAGAAAACAUGGUUGAGAGAGUUUUGAGUCAUGAAAGACAUCCCAAGCCAUGUAAUGAAGCCAAUUUGUAUAAAGGACAAAUAACAUACAUGUACACAGAAUCUUCUCAUGUCAGUCCUCAAACAAAAACAGCUUUGUUGAGGAAUGCAACACUAAUUGAGUCAGCAGCUGCUUGUAUUUCCAAGCCAGUGGAAAAAAUUCUGCUAGAUAAAGUUGAAGUUAUAACUGGAGAAGAAGCAGAGCACAACGUGUUACAGAUCAACUGCAAGCUUUUUGUAUUUAAUAAGCUUUCUUUAACCUGGACUGAAAGAGGCAGAGGAUCCCUGAGGCUUAAUGACACUUCUAGCAAUAAAUGUGGAAUGCUGCAGUCAAGGCUAAUUAUGCGAAAUCAAGGCAGCUUGAGAUUGAUUCUCAACACUCGACUCUGGGAUCAAAUGGUUAUAAAAAGAGCAAACAGCAAGAGCCUGUGCUUCACUGCAACAAACCAAGAGGACCACUCUGUUCAAGUAUUUCUAAUUCAGGCAGGCUCAAAAGACACUGGAUACCUGUAUACAGCAAUACAUCACCGCCUUGUGGCAUUGCGAAGCUUUGCUGAACAAGAGCCAGAUGCUAAUCAAGUAGACACGGAGUCAGAAAUAGCUUUUCAGCUGUUUAACUGUGAAAGUGAUGAUGAAGAUGAUGAAAAAAUAACUCAAGUGAGCAGCAGUGGAUCUGAUCAUUCUAGAUGGAACUGCGGGCAGUCUGUAGUCUGCUCAUGACACCUACCAGAAGUUGUAACAGCACGCCUGGGAACUCCUCUUCCCAAGAUGUCUAGCUGACUCAUCAGUCCCUGGAGGAACAAAAUCACAUGUGUUUUGCUUUACGACCUUCAAGUAAAGAUUAAUGUUAGGGACAGCUUAAGUUUAACAUAUUGAGAAAGAACUUGGGAUGCACUUUUGACAAUUCCAGUCAGCCUGCUUUGCACUGAGAUCACAGAAGCACAGAAUCAUUUAAGUUGGAAAAAACCUUUAAGGUCAUCAAGUCCAACCAUAAACCCAACAUGGACAACUCCACUACUAAAUGAUGCCCUGAAUGACACAAUGGCUUCCAGUACUCAAGAAGUAUUACAAAGGCUUCAGAUUUUAGAAUUAAAUACAUUUAGAUAUAUUAUUGAAGUAAGGAGUUUUAUAGGGAAUAAAUGUUUGU